AUGCUCUCAAAGAGUCUCCUUUCCGCUGCAACUGCAGCCUCAGCGCUGGCCGCGGUACUGCAGCCUGUUCCACGUGCUUCGAGCUUUGUAACCAUAUCCGGCACCCAAUUCAACAUCGAUGGCAAAGUAGGCUACUUUGCGGGCACCAACUGCUACUGGUGCUCGUUCCUGACCAACCACGCCGACGUUGAUUCCACCUUUAGCCACAUCUCUUCCUCUGGCCUCAAGGUAGUCCGUGUAUGGGGCUUCAACGACGUCAACACGCAGCCCUCUCCCGGCCAGAUCUGGUUCCAGAAGCUGUCCGCUACGGGGUCUACGAUCAACACGGGAGCUGAUGGGCUGCAGACUCUCGACUACGUAGUCCAGUCAGCCGAGCAGCACAACCUCAAGCUCAUCAUCCCGUUCGUCAACAACUGGAGCGACUACGGCGGGAUAAACGCCUAUGUCAACGCCUUUGGCGGCAAUGCGACCACCUGGUACACUAACACGGCCGCGCAAACUCAGUACCGCAAGUACGUCCAGGCCGUCGUCAGCCGCUACGCAAACUCGACGGCCAUCUUUGCGUGGGAGCUGGGCAACGAGCCUCGCUGCAACGGGUGCAGUACUGAUGUGAUUGUUCAGUGGGCGACGAGUGUGUCCCAAUAUGUCAAGUCACUUGAUUCGAACCAUCUCGUGACGCUUGGAGACGAGGGGCUCGGUCUCAGUACUGGAGACGGCGCUUAUCCGUAUACUUAUGGCGAGGGCACUGAUUUUGCCAAGAAUGUACAAAUCAAGUCGCUUGACUUUGGUACUUUCCACCUCUAUCCGGACUCUUGGGGAACAAACUACACUUGGGGCAAUGGCUGGAUUCAGACUCAUGCCGCCGCUUGUUUAGCAGCAGGCAAACCUUGCGUGUUUGAAGAAUACGGCGCACAGCAAAACCCCUGCACCAACGAGGCACCCUGGCAAACAACCUCUCUCACGACUCGCGGCAUGGGUGGCGACAUGUUUUGGCAGUGGGGAGACACUUUUGCCAACGGUGCCCAGUCGAACAGUGACCCGUACACCGUCUGGUACAACUCAUCGAACUGGCAAUGCUUGGUCAAGAACCACGUUGAUGCUAUUAAC